AUUGGCUGCCGGAUCAUGUGGCGCAUUACUGGGCAUCUGGUCAACCGGUCGACCUUGAAUUUACAAGUGACUACCUUGACGAGUCGCUGGCUUUACAAACGAAGCAUCAAUUACAAGCCACCUUCUUCUUUCGCCCAAUUCUGAUUAGUUGUUUCAAGGUCGGUGAUGGAACCGGCGGCCAAUCAACAGAUGAAACAUGAUCGACUGGUUGCGUCCUUCAGCAGAGCAUCACUAUUGGGUACGUCUGCUGAAGUGACUGGUGCGGAAACCGGUGUCCGCAUCGAACGCCUUGGAUCUGCUGCACCCCCAACACCUUCGCCUCAAUCGGGUGACUACGUAACGGAUGUUAACCGGGUGCCGUCUGCGAAAUUUGACAACGCAACAAAGCACGGAAUCAUAAGGCGAUUAUUGGGCCGGAAUAGAGCUGCGAACCACGAUUCAAAAAGACGAGCUGAAGCAAAGGGGAUCGGACCAUAUAAAGCAGCUGCUUAUCUCUCAAGCAACUCUUCACACGGACCCCCUCAAAAGGGUAUGGGUAAUAUUCACCAAGGCUGUCCUGUAUUAACCACCGAUCAAGAUUCUCACAGCUCAAUGGCUACCUCACAGGUUAGUCUUCAACAUCAGCACCCGACACAACUCGGCCCUAACUCAAGAUUAAUCGCGGAGCAUGAUGUUCGGUCCCUAGUGUAUGCGACCCCGGUCUCGAUGGACACACGCCCAAACGGAGGGAUUAAGCAGCAAUCCCAACAGGACGUGGUCACCCAGCUCCGCUCAGUCAUAGGUCGGCUGAAGGCCACUGUGCAUGCACGCGACCUUCGAAUUCAUGAACUCGAACGAGAAGUAGAUAAACUGCGCUCAGUGUUGGAUCAGCAACUGCAGAAGUCAUGGGCCCAAGUUACUGCCACUUCCGCGGGUGACGCAGCACAGUUUACAGGUCUAAACACAGAACCGCUUCCUUCUCUCCCUGAGUCCCCUGAGUUCCAUGCGGAUUCUGCUCAGGAUCUAAACCUGACUUCCCCCGAUCCGAGCCACAAUCCUCUUCCCGUGGCGGCUUUGCUACUUCGUAAACGGUUAGGCGUCUCUGGCGAAUCAAUGAGGACUACAGCAGAAUUAAAGUACCAUGAAAAAGAUGCCAAGUCCAGGCAACAAAUCCGUGAAGCUUUGCGUAGCAACGGCUUGCUGAUGAACUUGGAUGUAGUACAAAUACAAGAAAUGGUUAGCUGUAUGCACGAGAGAAACGUUGAAGCCAACUGCUACAUUAUUCGUGAAGGUGACGAUGGAGAGCAUUUGUAUGUGGGGGCAGAGGGACAGUAUGAAGUGUCCAAAUGUGGCAAACGAAUCCACGUGAUGCCACCUGGACGAUGCUUCGGCGAAUUGGCUUUGUUGUACAAUUGCAAACGUACGGCUUCAGUGAAGGCAUUGGUGCCUUCUCGAGUGUGGGUCCUCGAACGCGCCUGUUUUCAGGCUAUCAUGAUGCAAACUGGCCUGAAACGCAUUGAAGAGCGUAAGGCCUUCCUUCGGAGUGUUCCCCUGUUGAAAGACAUGCCUUCCCAGCAAAUUUUGCGUAUCGCGGAUGCCCUAGAAGCUCAGUAUCAUGCUCCUGGCGAGUGUAUUAUUCGGCAAGGAGAACUAGCUGAUAGCUUCUUCAUCAUUCAGUCCGGAGUGGUCAGCGUCACGAUAACAUCGACGGCGCCGGACACCAGCGAAGGCGAGCAGCAGGAAAUCCGACAGCUAUCCAAGGGCGAGUACUUCGGAGAAAAGGCUCUUUUGGAGGAGGGGCGACGGACCGCUAGCGUGUAUGCCCUUGGUCCGGAUGGGGUAGAAGUUUUAUGCCUAUAUCGAAAAGAUUUCUUGGAACUUAUAGGUGAUAUGCAAGAACUGAAGACCAAAUCGUACGUUGAAGAUGGGGGUAUGCUAGCCACAAACAAGCCGGAUCAGCAUUCGAUCAUCGGCUCCAGUCCGGACAGUACUCACACCGCAAAUCAAUUGCUUGUCUCACACACACCACCAACGAAUGUGACUGAGCAAGCGAUUGCGCAUUUUCCGAAACCUUCGGGAGUUUGUUUCGAGGAAGUAAUGCAACCCAAACAAUCGCAGACAAACAUCCAGCUGGAUGAUUUGGAACGUGUUUGUGUUCUGGGCGUGGGAGGAUUCGGACGAGUCGAUCUGGUCACCUUGAAUUAUGACCGGACUCAGGCCUUUGCAUUGAAGCGAAUGCAGAAGCACCAUAUUGUCCAAACUCGGCAGCAGGCGCACGUCUUCUACGAAAAGGUGAUUUUAUACUCCGUCGAUUCUCCGUUUAUUUGUCGGCUCUAUGCAACCUAUCGGGACAGCAAAAACAUAUACAUGUUGUUGGAGGCUUGUCUGGGCGGCGAAUUAUGGACUAUUUUACGUGAUAGCCAUCACCUGGAUGAUCGAUCAACGAAGUUUUGCCUCGCUUGCAGCAUCGAAGCGCUGGAUUAUCUACACCGACAUGGCAUCAUUUAUCGAGAUCUGAAACCAGAGAAUAUGUUAAUCACCUCACGUGGAUAUAUAAAGCUAUGUGAUUUUGGCUUUGCGAAAUACAUUGGACUGGGCAACAAGACCUGGACUUUUUGCGGCACUCCGGAAUACGUCGCUCCCGAGGUGAUCUUAAACAAAGGGCACGAUUUUGCUGCGGACUACUGGUCUCUGGGUAUCUUAACUUUUGAACUUCUUACUGGAACACCACCAUUUCAGGCAUCGGAGCCAAUAAAAGUUUACAUGAAAACCCUUAAAGGAAUUGACGCCUUGGGUUUAGCACAGAACAAGUACAUUUGCUUGAAAGCGCUACAAUUUAUACGCCGUUUAUGUCGAUUCAAUCCCUCCGAGCGAUUAGGCAUCGGCAAACAUGGCAUUCAGGAGAUUAGAAGUCACAAGUACUUCCAGGGCUUUGACUGGGCAGCCGUUGCCAAACAGACCUUGCCAACACCAUUUAAAGUGAAGUUGAGUGGACCACUGGAUUAUUCCAACUUCGAUCGUUUUACAAUGGAUGAACAAGAGCCACCAGAUGAGUUGUCCGGAUGGGAUGCCAACUUUUGAUUAACGUUUCAAAUCGAACUACAUUCACACUCUUCAUUCGCUUUGUCAGCAAUGUCGAAGCGUUUAUGUACUACACCUAUCCUCUUGAAAAGCGCCAAUCACGUGCCACAUCGGCUGAACACACCUUUCAUUAGUAUUGAGAACACGCAGCAUCUUAAAUCAGCGCUUUGGAGUGCUUGCGUUGAAUUUCAGACCAUUUGUGCUUACCGAGUGCUCCCAAUCGCAAUCUCAACCGAUGUGUCAUCACCCUCUCUCUUCGGUUUGUCUACACCGAGUGUGUUUGCAGUAUCUUCGAUUGAAACCUGGUUUGUGAUUACUGGUGCUUCCAACCCCCAUUAUUUAACACCCCGCCCCUCAAGUUGAACGGAGAACACCUAAGUAACUUCACAGGUCUCCUCUUUUUCCGUUUGUUUGUUUGCUCCUUUUCAGCGCUUCCUUCUCGUAAGCAGCAGCGUUGCCUUGAGUAUCUAACACUACCGUACGUUUUCAUUGCACAAACCACCGGGCGUUUUGCUCAUGCGUGCGUGUAUGCGCAUGCUUGUCAUCGUCGCUCUCGGGGACUUUUUCACUAAUUGCGAAGAUCACAUUGUGUACCAAUUCUGACACCGGAUCGGUCUUCUCACCUGCUUCUGUUUGGCUAAGUGACUUCGAUCGAUGUUCAAGCGCCUCCUACCACUCACCCCCUCAUAUUUACCGGUCUGUAAAGUUGAAUACUUUUCACAGGAAAAAGUCCAUGGGAUUCAUAUCUGGUAACCGUCAGGCCACUCGCGACCGAGCCAACGUCCACCGAAUGUCUCCUUCAGGUAGGCACGAACUGAUUGCGCCGAGUGUGCAGGUACGCCAUCCUGCCGCCACCCAAAUUAUUUAUUAUCCCUACCGACUGUAGCUUGUAGUGUACCGGAAAACACGCUGUUGCAAUAUAUUGUCACACUACCUUUUACGCUUGUUUUAACCUUUAAUAGGUCCACUUGUUUUACUGACGGCACAUUCGUGUACAUAAAGAGUUUCGUUGAAUACUUUGUUGCACCGUUUCUCGCCCUGGUUGCUUCGCUUCCUAUUUUUGUAGCCUGCACAAUAUACGUUGGGUUCAGUC